UGUUUUGUUAGCUAGCUAGUUUUACUGUCUAAUCAGCUAACGACGCAAAAUUAUGUGCACGCCUGAAACAAGGCAGGCGCCUGGAGCGUCAGAAUAAUGACUGACAUGAUUAAUAUAACAGUAUCUUUACAUUUUCCUAACACGGACCUGCUGAUGCUGGCGUGCAGUGCAGAUGCGGCUCUCUGGCGUGGUUACGGGCGAUCGCCCUGAACGCCUCGACCCUUAAAUGCUGUACGUUGUUGUGCAAGUAAGCCAGCUCGUUUGGGAAAUGGGAAGAAAUGUCGGGCGAUCCGGGCCCAGUGUAGCUGCGGUGCUGCGGGUCGUUUGGGGCUGAACUUUUAACGCGUCGCGCCUCUUUUCUCGUGUUUCUCGUAUUCCCAUGACUGGCGCGUGCCCUCUGGACGGGCUGUAGGCGGGCAGGAUCCGCAGUCACGAAGGGCGCAUGGGCCCCAACUGUCCUUUUUGCCGUGUCACACCAGGCAGGCCAUUUCAGUAUUAAUAUUAUAUAAACGGACCGGUAUAUAUCAUCAUUUAUUUGGUGUAGCGGACAUCGGUUACUCGAGCUAAAAUACGGCUGACGUGGCCUAGGCGUUUUGGUGAAGAGAUUCGGAUUGUCCGCAAUGUUGUAUAUUAAAGCAGCAUGCAACGUUUAACUUUUAGAUGAUCUUGAAACGGUCCGGCGAACUGAUCCAAUUCUGACCGCGCUAUUUGCGUAGCUUGAUGUCCCCGGUUCAGAGCGAGCGGGCGGUGACGCUGCGCAACUUGCGUAACGCCGCGGUGACCGCGUGGUCUGUGCGCGGUGGCAUGAAGUCUUAGGUGAAACAUUUUGAAGGGAACACGCCGAUUGAUGGGUGAUUUACAUGUAAUCAGCUAACAGUCUCACACUUUGCGUUUUACUUGCUUGUUAUAUUGGCAUAAAACUCACUUUGUUAAAGAGAUGUACGGAAACGAUCAUCUGUUCUGUUAAUUGACAUUUCUCAGAGGACCGGCUAUCCAUAGCACUUCCCUGGGUUAGGCAACGUGGUCUUGAGUGCACGGACAUUUAAAUGGAUUUAACGUGAAAUACAUAGGUUCUGCCUAGUGGCAAUACGAUUGGCACUCAUCUUUUGAAGUCUCACGCCGUUUGAUGAUAUAGUUUUCUCGACAGUUUUAUUCUCUGUCAAAAAUAAUCUGGGGGUGUUACACGAAGCAGGAUUUCUUCAUUAGCCAGGAAAUGGAGGACAAGAUGAUCAGUCCAGAGAAGGCAGAGGAAGCCAAGCUGAAGGCGAGGUACCCCAAUCUUGGGGCCAAGCCUGGAGGCUCUGACCUCCUCCGAAAAAGACUUCAGAAGGGGCAAAAGUACUUUGACUCUGGGGAUUACAACAUGGCGAAGGCCAAGAUAAAGAACAAGCAGCUGCCGGCGGCAGCCGCUGAGAAGACUGAGAUCACCGGCGACCACAUCCCCACCCCCCAGGACCUGCCCCAGAGAAAAGCCUCCCUUGUGGCCAGCAAACUGGCCGGUUGAUGCAAGCAUGGAAGUGGCACUUUUUAGUUCACAUCUCAUUUCCUACCUUAGUACUGUCCCCUGUCAUGUUAGUACUGUCUCAUUCUUUUUCCUGUCCCAUUUUCUUUGUGUAAGUGCUCUGAAAGAAUUUUGUGAUGAGCAGGCAGACUACAGUUAAAGAAUGCUGCUUGAGGGUGACCAUGUAAAAAAAAAAAAAAAAAAAAAGUCGAAUGUAGUCUGUGGAGAAAAUGUUGUAAGAGCUAAAUGAAUUCUACUUGAAGAUUUAAACGAACUGUAGUUGUAUUGAGGGUAAAUGUACGUGUGUCUUAGGUUGCGGAACCGUGGCACAAAUUGAUGUUUUAGUAAGUUUUACAUUUUUACCAUUCCAUAGGUCACCUAAAUGAUGAAGUCAAUGUGCUGUAACGGUUUAACAUUUCCCCACGAUGAAGUUCACGUCCCUGGUCCUAUUCUGGUUCCAGUCAUCUUGCAUUCUUGCAUUUUAUACACGGGGGGGUGGGAAAUGACAUUUAGAAGGAACCACACAGCUAUGGCCAGGUCAUAUUGAAAAGGAGCAGGAGGAGACACUAGGUUUUGAAACGCAGCUGCCGCCUGCCCCCAUCUCAAACUAUUACAUGGCCUUAAAAUCCCAAUUCAGCUUCUUCAGCCACGCUUUUUCUUGGGCAAUAUUUGUCCAUUUCUGGAAAACACCCCUUCCACUCCACCAUGAUCCUAUUCAGGAACGUGGGCUGAAAACUGACCUGAAGCCAGUCUCCGUUGAGGUUUUUGUAGGUGGUGAUUAUUCCAGGUGUUCGAGGCGUGCACGUGCAUCGACUCUACUGUCACUUCUGUGCCAUUUGUUUUGUAAAUAAAAUAGUUUUGCACAAAUCA